GAGGUUGUGAGCCGAACUCACCGGAAAAACGCGAUUACUCGCGAACUUGAGUCCAUCGCUUUCAGCAUUAGCAUUACUAUAGUGUACUUAUUUCCAUUAAAAAUUUCCUUAUACAUAUACACAAGUGAUUUAUUCUUCCAAAUUUGUUUAUUUCUAAAUUUAGUAAAAAUUUGUGAUUAUCGUCAAUUCUUUUUUUUUUCUAUUUUUGCAAAAUUGUUUUAAACUCAAGUUGAAAUGAAAGAACGGACGGUCAAUUAUUAUUUGUAAAAAAAAAAAACCCCUUCAGUCGACAUUGAUGUGAUUUCAAUUAAACAGGCCAUAGGUAGUAGGAGUGAAGUUGAAUUAAAAUAAGUGAAAAAUCGGCUGUUUUGUGUCAAUUGUGAUUGUUGUGAAACUCGUAGACGCGGAGAUAAAUGUGUCAGAAUGGAGAAUCAUACUUUUGACGAAUUUUGUGGCUCCAAGUUUUGGGAUGCAAACUUAACAUGGAACACAGACGAUCCCGAUGUAACGGAAUGUUUUCAAAAAACAGUUUUAAUAUGGAUACCAAAUAUUUUUCUGUGGACUUUUUCAAUAUUAGAAGUAUUUUACCUUGUCAAUAGCAGAAAAAGAAAUAUUCCUUACACAUGGCUAUUUAUAUCAAAAAUAAUAUUUACCAUAGGACUUAUUAUUCUUGCCAUAGUCGACAUAGCAAUGGCUAUUCAUUUUAGUACUUACAAAGUAGUUUAUAGUGUGGAUUUCUACACACCCUGUAUAAACAUACUUAGUUACAUUUUGGCUGCUGUACUUGUUGUUUACAACAAAAAGUUUGGCAUGCGUACUUCAGGGUUAAUUUUCCUCUUUUGGUUUUUACACGCACUUUUUGGAUGCGUACGAUAUAGAAGUUUAAUAAAAUCAUCAUCGCUAAAGGAGGAAGUUACAUAUGAAUUUGUAUCAUACAUGAUUUAUUAUCCCAUUGUUGUGAUAUUGUUUGUACUCAACUUUUUUGUCGAUGCCGAACCCAAAGUCACCGAUUAUGCUCGGAUUGAAAAGCCGUGUCCAGAGCAGAGCGCUUCUUUUCCAUCGCGACUUUUCUUCAAUUGGUUUAAUUCAUUGGCAUGGAAGGGUUUCAAAAAACCUUUGGAAACAGGUGACCUGUGGUCAAUGAAUCCCGAAGACAUGGCUCACGAAAUUGUUCCACGCUUCGACAAAUAUUGGAAUGCAGCACUUACCAAAACGGAACAAAAACCAUGGACUGAAUUAAGAGAAGCCAAUUGUUGCAGUUCACAAGGUGUUAAUGCAUCAUUUCGGAAAGGAUCGGGUCAAAUUAAUCUCAAUUCUGUUAACAAGAAGAAAACCGCCUCGAUUCUAUCACCGCUGUGCAAAGCAUUUGGUCCCACAUUUAUGUUUGGCGCAUCACUUAAACUUAUUCAGGAUAUUAUGACCUUCGUCAGUCCGAAAAUUUUAGAGAAGCUUAUUAAAUUUAUUCAAAAUAAAAAUCAAGAUGAACAUAUGUGGAAGGGUUAUUUUUAUGCGGUUAUACUUUUGGUAACGGCUGUUUUUCAAACAUUAAUUUUAUCACAAUAUUUUCAUCGAAUGUUUUUGGUUGGUUUACGAAUACGUACAGCAUUGAUUGCAGCAAUUUAUAGAAAAGCAUUGCGCGUAUCAAAUUCAGCACGUAAAGAAACAACUGUCGGUGAAAUUGUCAAUUUAAUGUCAGUCGAUGCUCAAAGAUUUAUGGAUGUAACUGCAUAUAUAAAUAUGAUUUGGUCAGCUCCAUUACAAAUUGCCCUUGCUCUCUAUUUUUUGUGGGAAUGUUUAGGACCAUCGGUACUUUCCGGUUUGGCUGUGAUGAUUAUUUUAAUUCCCGUUAAUGCCUUGAUCGCUAGCAAAGUACGUAAUUUACAAAUUAAACAAAUGAAAAAUAAAGACGAAAGAGUUAAAUUAAUGAAUGAAGUUCUUAGUGGUAUUAAAGUAUUAAAACUUUAUGCAUGGGAACCAUCGUUUGAGGAGCAAAUUCUUAAAAUUCGUAAUAAAGAAAUUAAAGUUCUUAAAGAGGCUGCUUAUCUUAAUGCGGGAACAAGUUUCAUUUGGUCUUGUGCUCCAUUUUUGGUUUCCUUAGUAUCGUUCGCAACUUUUGUACUUGUUGACGAAAAUAAUAUUUUGGAUAGUAGUACGGCAUUUGUUUCACUUACUUAUUUUAAUAUUUUGAGGUUUCCACUUUCCAUGUUACCAAUGAUGAUCAGCAAUGUCGUUCAGGCUUCCGUAUCGGUAAAACGUAUAAAUAAAUUUAUGAAUUCAGAAGAAUUGGAUCCUGACAAUGUUCAACACGACCCAAAUGAACCUUAUCCGUUAGUGAUUGAAAAAGGUACAUUUGCUUGGGACUCGGAACAAACUGAUACUCCUGUUUUGCGAAAUAUUAAUUUAAAAAUCGAGGAGAAUCAAUUAGUCGCUGUUGUUGGUACUGUUGGAACAGGAAAAAGUUCAUUGAUCUCAGCAUUUUUAGGGGAAAUGUAUAAAUUGAGUGGUAGAGUAAAUACAAAGGGUUCAAUAGCCUAUGUUUCGCAGCAAGCGUGGAUUCAAAAUGCCACACUUCAGGACAAUAUUUUAUUUGGAAAAACAUUAGAUAAGUCUAUUUAUAAUAAGGUCGUUGAGGCUUGUGCAUUGGGACCGGAUUUAAAAAUGUUACCAGCCGGCGAUCAAACGGAAAUUGGCGAAAAGGGAAUAAAUUUAUCUGGUGGACAAAAGCAAAGAGUCUCAUUGGCAAGAGCAAUUUAUAAUAAUGCGGAUAUUUAUUUUUUUGAUGAUCCAUUGAGUGCUGUUGAUUCGCAUGUUGGAAAACAUAUUUUUGAACAUUUACUUGGACCACAAGGACUUAUAAGGAAAAAAACGCGUGUUCUUGUGACGCAUGGUAUUACUUAUUUGCCAAAAGUUGAUAAUAUUAUUGUCUUAAAAGAUGGUGGAAUUUCGGAAAUUGGUACUUUUAAAGAACUUUUAGCUAAACAAGGUUCAUUCGCUGAAUUUCUUGUACAACAUCUUCAAGAGGUGAAACCUGACGAUGUAGCGGACGGAGAUUUAGAUGAAAUAAAACAAAGUCUUCAGACAACGAUUGGAAAAGAUGAAUUACAGCAAAAAUUAUCACACGUCAAGACACAAAUAUCGGGAACUUAUCCGGAAUCAAUUACAACGUCGGACAAAAAAUCUUUAAAUGGUUCUCUUCAACGAGCGCAAUCUACAGAAAGUCAACAUUCGGGAAGUCUCGUUCGAAGUAACAGUGUCAAGGAUAAUGAAACGGGGAAAAUUGCAACCGGAGAGAAAUUAAUAGAAGUUGAAAAAACAGAAACUGGAAGUGUAAAAUGGAAAGUGUACUCGCACUAUUUAAGAUCAAUUGGAUGGUUUUUGUCGAUUUCUACAAUAAUAAUGAACGCAAUUUUCCAAUCGUUCAGCAUUGGAUCAAACGUGUGGUUGGCAAAAUGGUCUGGAAGAUAUGAAAAUGUAACCUCUACAAAUCAGACAGUCAAUAAUGAAAUGUAUCUCGGAGUUUACAGUGCUUUAGGUUUGGGACAAGCCGUGAUGAUUUGUUUGAAGUCAGUGACAGUUGCACUUGGAGCUGUUUAUGCGUCACAAGAAAUUUUUCUAGAAGUUUUAAAAAUUAUUAUGAAGGCUUUGAUGUCUUUUUUCGAUCAAACACCACUAGGAAGAAUUCUUAAUGUUCUUGGCAAAGAUAUUGAUGUUGUUGAUAACAUUAUUCCAAUGGUUCUCCAAAGUUGGAUUGACUGUUUUUUCCGGGUUGUUGCCACUUUAGUGGUGAUCAGCUUCAGUACACCUGAAUUUAUUAGUGUCAUAUUUCCAAUGGGAUUAAUUUAUUACUUCGUUCAACGUUUUUACGUUUCUACGUCGCGUCAGUUGAAACGUUUAGAAUCUGUUUCCAGGUCACCGAUAUAUUCUCAUUUUGGUGAAUCUGUUACCGGUGCACAGACAAUUAGAGCUUAUGGUGUACAAGAUAGAUUUAUUAAGGAAUCUGAAAUGAGAGUUGAUUUCAAUCAAGUGUGCUAUUUCCCAAGUAUUAUUGCCAAUAGGUGGUUAGCUAUAAGAUUAGAGAUGGUUGGCAACUUAAUUAUAUUUUUCGCUGCACUCUUUUGCGUCUUAGGAAGAGAGAAACAUCUCGAAGCAGGAAUUGCUGGUUUAUCGCUCAGUUAUGCCUUACAAAUAACUCAGACAUUAAAUUGGCUGGUGCGUAUGACUUCUGACGUUGAGACAAAUAUUGUGGCUGUUGAGAGAAUAAAGGAAUAUGGUGAAACACCACAAGAGGCUGCAUGGGAAAUUGCUGAACGUGAACCGCCAAAAGAAUGGCCAACAGUUGGUGGCGUUGAAUUUCGUGAUUUUAAAGUACGCUAUAGGAAAGGACUUGAUUUGGUGCUACAGGGAAUUAGUUUUUCUGUGAAUGGUGGUGAAAAAAUUGGUAUUGUCGGACGUACUGGUGCUGGUAAAUCAUCAUUGACACUCGCAUUAUUUCGAAUAAUCGAGGCAGCCGAUGGAAAAAUAUUCAUCGAUAAUAUUGAUAUUUCGUCACUUGGAUUACAUACACUUAGAUCCAGACUGACUAUCAUUCCUCAGGAUCCGGUGCUAUUUUCCGGCAAUUUAAGAACAAAUCUUGAUCCAUUUGGCGUUUAUUCCGACGAUCAAGUGUGGAAAGCUCUGGAGCACGCUCAUCUCAAAACUUUUAUUACAGGAUUACAAAGUGGCUUGAUGCACGAAGUUUCAGAGGGUGGUGAUAAUCUCAGUGUGGGACAAAGGCAAUUAAUUUGCUUAGCGCGAGCCUUAUUGCGAAAAACUAAAGUACUUAUUUUAGAUGAAGCCACAGCUGCCGUUGAUUUAGAAACUGAUGACCUCAUACAAAGGACAAUCAGAGAGGAAUUUAAAGAAUGUACCGUUCUUACGAUCGCUCACAGGCUUAAUACUAUUCUUGAUUCAGACAGGGUGAUAGUUUUAGAUAGGGGUACAAUUGUGGAAUUUGAUUCGCCUAUUAAUCUUCUUCAAAAGCGAGAUAGUUUAUUCUAUAAUAUGGCAAAAGAUGCAGGUUUAACAGUGUCAAAUUAAUAGGAAAAAAAAGCAGUGUGGCUGUUUACCAUUUUUUUCUUUCAUUACUUACUUAAUUUAAUAUAUAAAUACCUAACUGUAUAUAUGUAUAAUAUACAUGAGAAUAUCAAUUUUUGAAAUAAAAACGUCUGUUCAUUGAAAA